CUUGAAUAAAGAUCCCCAAAUUCAUGUUUUGCGAAGGUUAUUUCGGGAAUUUCUCCUCAUAAACCUAUCUAAGCAGCAGCAUCCAGAACCCUCGUAGAAGAAGCUGAAAAUUUCCCUCUUUCGCUCAAUUCCAUGGCGUUAUCGUUAAUCCAAUGUCCCAAAACCUCUAGACCCCCUCCCAAUAAUCGUCUUCGGAAAGUUGGUUUGCCUCCAAUUCACCGUACAUCUCUUAGCUUUUCGGGAUUACAGCCACUGACCAGUAGUAGGGUGGUGGUUUGUGCUGCAUUCUCUGCGGCAGGAAGUUCUGGUUCCAACGACGAUGUAAAUCCAUAUAAGGUUCUUGGUGCAAACCCCCUUGAUGGAUUUGAUAGGGUGAAGGCAGCUUACUCAAAGAAGCGUAAGGAUGCUGAGAGGAGAGGCGAUGAUGCUGCUCUGUCCCAAUUAGAAAAGGCAUAUGACACAAUAAUGAUGUCUCAGUUGACAAAGCGGAAAAAGGGUGAGACAUUUGGUUCGUUUCAGUUGUUUACCAACUCCACUUCAGAUAUAUUAAUUAUUCUUGCUCUCUUUGGACUUUCUAUUGAGAAAGCAAUCAUUGAGCAUUGGCAAGUUAAAGGUGGAGUGAUGGAUGUGCAGCACCGUGACAAAGUCGUUUGCUACGGAAUAAGUUCGAAGUUGGCCAAACAACAUGGUCUUGUUGAGUGCCCGUUUUCCAAGUCUGAGGUCAAAGAUAUUCGAAUCAACAUGGCAAUAUCAGCUGUUUUUACAGCAUGGAUUAUCUUCAAACGCAGUGCUGAAUACAAACCUUUGCAAUUUUUAGCUUUUGUCUAUGUUUAUCGGGUAUUUGAGAAGUUAGGAGCUUAUGAACCACUUACAUCUUCCACAUUUACGGAAGAUGGUGAGGAUGAGGGUAGAAUGUUGCGAAUGGGGAAAAGACUACUACGAUCUCUUGCCCUGGGAUACACUGGUGCUCUAAAUGUGAUAGAAUCUAUUGGCGGUUUCAUACCUGUUUUCUUGUACAAUAAUCAGGCAUUGCUUGUAACUGCAUCAGCAGCACUCAUGCUUCAUAUUAUGGCUUCAUACUACAAAUGAAGUUCCACAUUUACGCAGAUUCAAGGUUGCCAAAUUUGCUUCAUUUGGCACUUGGUGAUGACUGUAAUAAUUAGGUUCUGAGUUACUAGUGCUGGCUGUUGGUCCAAAUUUUUGUUUGCGGAGUAGUUUGUUGGUCCAAUUUUUUUCGUUACUGGCACUUGAUUCUUCUUUUCCGUUCGAGUAGAGGUCAGUAAACUUGAUUAUAAAAAUCAUGUGAUGCCUCAAAUACAAUUCAAAACUGGAUGAAAUGUAAAAAACUGGGACGUGUGGAUGAUAUGACAUUGGAUGCAGUAUAAAAACACGAUUAGUUUGUAUGUGUACUAUUGUAAUAAAAUCGAUUCGGUAUUUGUAAUCCUUAUUUAAUGAAAUUCAAAUAUACUCUUU